AGAGAGAGAGAGAGGCGAGAGACACUAAAAGCGGAACCGCCAGACAGAAGGGCUUCUCUCUCUUUCAUUUUUCUGUUUUCCCUCCUCCUGAGAGAAAUCCCACCGGAAAAGGAAUUCCCACGUUGGUCACGAGAGGAGAGUCUCGAAGAAGCAACUCCAAAAGAAAACCCCUUUCUCUCCUUCUCCUUGUUGCUCCAGCUCUUGCAUCUCGACGGCGCCAUGAACAUCUUCCGGUUGGCCGGGGACAUGACCCACCUAAUCAGCGUCCUCGUUCUCCUCCUGAAGAUCUACGCGACGAAAUCCUGCGCCGGGAUCUCUUUGAAGACUCAAGAGCUUUACGUGUUUGUGUUCAUCACUCGCUACUUGGAUCUGUUCACUGAUUUCAUAUCACUCUACAAUGCUGUCAUGAAGGUGGUCUUCAUUGUUAGCUCACUAGCAAUUGUUUGGUGUAUGCGUGCACACCCCAUUGUAAGACGAACUUAUGACAAAGAUCAAGAUACCUUCCGCCACUAUUUUCUUGUAGCAGCCUCCUUUCUUCUGGCAUUACUUGUUCACGAAAAGUUUACUAUUAGAGAGGUCUUUUGGGCGUUCUCUAUAUACUUAGAGGCGGUGGCCAUUCUUCCACAGUUGGUUUUACUACAAAGGAGUGGGAAUGUUGACAAUCUGACUGGGCAAUACGUUUGCUUCCUUGGGGCUUACAGGGCAUUCUAUUGUCUCAAUUGGAUUUAUCGCUACUUGAUGGAGAAACACUAUGUUCGGUGGAUAUCUUCAAUCUCAGGUUUUGUGCAGACAGCUCUUUAUGCAGAUUUCUUCUACUACUACUUUAUCAGCUGGAAGAAUAACGCCAAAUUACAAUUGCCAUCUUGAAGAAUUGUUGUAAUGCAUCUUCUGAAAAUCAGUUGAAGUCUUGUUCUGGUUCUUAGAUUACGUUGCCAACAUUCAAGAGCCAGUUACGCAUAGGCCUUGGCUAUUUACAUGGGUGGUUUCGAUUUGUGUCAGAAACUCCAGCUCUGCCCAUCAAUGUGGGAAGAGAGGGAUAUUUUGUUCAUCGAGUAUGAGAGCCUCCAUAUUCAUGACAAAUCUUAACAUUUACCUUUGGCAUUUGUGAAGUUGACGCGCUGUUCCUGUAUAUUUAGUUGAAAUUUCCGAUAUCAAUAGAAGUUUGUAUUCAUUUA